AUGAUCGGUGAUCUAGACGGAACCAUGGCAACUGGAAACGGCAAGGGACAUUCUCAGACACAAGAGGAAGGAUCAUGUGACCGACGGCUCAGUCGUGCAGCAAGAAAGCUUGUGCAUCAACACCUGCUACAAGUCAUUCAGGCAGAAAAUAAGAUUUUGUACCAUGGUUUCUUGGACCAUAGCGACGUCUGGGUGCUCUUGGAACACUGGUUACAUGCGAAUGGCCGACGGAUGGAUCACUGUCCUUUAAAUCCCUCGUUAGACGCUUACAGGAUUGAUGAAGAACACAGCUUGGUGGUGGACUCCCCAACCAAAGUUGCUGGAGCGUACCCAACAUUUGUAGCUCAACAACGUGCAAAGAGAAAAGGAAAACGAAUCUGGUUUGAAUGCGGAUACAACGGAAAGACAUUUAGUAGUCGAUACUAUUUGGAUGCACACCUCGACAAGCACCACAGACUGGAGGAGUUCUCAACAUUUUGCCCAGCUUUAGACUGGUGUAGAGCAGUUGGACUAUCAAAUUGUCACGCAACUGCACUUGAGGACGAGCCUUACUAUGGUCAAGGGAGCGACGGUUGGGGAGAUGACGGCAAUCUUCUGAAACAUCAGUGGGUAAAGAAAGCUCAUUCCAUACCAUGCAAUGUUGCAACGAUACGAGAGGACUGUCAUUUAGUUAUGGAUCGAUGCGGAGUCACAGACUCUACACAACGAUGGUGUGACUCUUUGGUUUGUCCCACUCAUAGACUUGGAGCCAUUUUGUCUUCGAGCAAGUGGAGCAACAACAGCUUCGGAAGUAUUUCUUAUGGUGGGACCUUUCUGGUGGCCAUUAUUAUCGCUCUUGUUUACUGCUGUUUUCACUUUCGAAUAUUGGAUUUUGAAGACGAACCUUUUGGACAAAGCUAUGUAUCUCCUCGCCCAGGGUCUACCAGGAGCUGCAAGACUAAAAAUGUUGCUCGGAAUGUUGAUGGUAAAGUUCGAGAUUUCCGCUUUGAAAGAACAGCGGAAAAACGAGGCAAGGAUGACUAA